AUGGAUUUAGAUGGCAGAGCCUAUUCUAAGCUACAUGGAGUAAGCUAUGGAGAUAUAAACUUUGAAAAAUAUAGAAAUAUAGUUGAUGCAUUAUGGCCUUUAUCACAUAUGCGUGAUCAUGAAACACCGGAAAUGUGGUAUUCUCGUAUCCGUGGCCCAUUUAGGAAAAUACUUGAAGAGAAUUCAGAAAUCCUUUCUAAAAAUGGAUAUAUUACGAUGCAUGGAAAUUUAAUUGAAAGAAGUGAUAGAGUCCAUGGUCUUCCAUCAAAUUACAUAUAUUGUAGUGUAUGUGACUCCUUAGUUUUCAUAUCUGAAAAUGGCCUUGGUGGUCUUCCCAUAACCUAUCGAGAUAACCACUUGAAAAGAUGCAUUUCUGGAAAUACUAUUUCGAAUGAACAUGCAAGAAGAAAAGAAAUUCUCAAAUCUAUUGAUAGGAGGGAAUUUCAGAUCUGGCAAUAUAAGCAAUAUAUAUUAGAGGAAGAGGCUAAAAUUAAUCGUCUUCGUCUAGAGCUUUUCUCCAAAUCUACCUUACACUCAGAAAAGGAUAAAUUGGCAUCUAUAUCAUAUGAUCUUGAUGCACGUUCAACUGGCUAUGAAACAUACACACAGGUUAAAACAACUAUAGUAGAAAAUACUAUGAUGCCAAGUGCUCCAAACUUCGAGCCAGCUUAUAUUCCACCUUCUGGGCAAGAAAUGGUUUCGCCAAUUUCACGUCAAUCAUCAAAUUCCAAAAGUAAUAUAAGUGAAAUAUUUAUCUCGUCUCGGUAUGCUAAACAAAAUAACUUAUUACCAUCUAUAGACCAUCUUAAUCGAAACGGAGUGCCCGCAUUAAGAUUAAGAGAUGUUAUCCAGCGAGCUUAUAGGAAUUAUAAGAAGAGACCUGAAUCUUUGGCAAAAUGGAUUUGGGAGGCGGUGAGGAAUGAUGGUACUCCUGAUGAUAAGAAGUAUUUAGGUAUAACUUCUUGCAUUCCUUAUUUUGACUGGGAAUUUGAGAAGAAAAAUCAAUUAUAUGUGAGAUUAGCUAAUGUAACAUAUGAUAUUGUUUUUAAAAUAUUAUACCAGCGAGGCUAUAUAAUCGUUAGAGGUUCAGAUUGGACUAACCAGUUAAAGUGGCUACAGAAUCCUGAAUAUUAUCGUAUUGAUAAAGAUAACAUUGAAUAUCUCAUUAGAGUUACAGAAUUUGAGAAAUAUAAGGCUGAUUCAUGGUGUAUAAAAUCAAUCUGUGAGCGUAUCGGAUUAUAA